AUGGCUGGUUUUAGAUAUUUUCUUACUGAUGGCACUAGAACUGUUAAAUAUUAUUAUUAUAGAUAUGGUAGGAAAUUAUUAAGAUUGAAUUAUAUCAGGCAGGCUGGAGAAAGCGUGUUAAGGGAAAAGGCUGCUGCAGUGGAUCCUACUGCGAUCGUUUCAACAGAUGUUAAAAAAUUAAUUGAUAGAAUGAUCAAAACAAUGAGAAGCCAUGGCGACCUAGGAAUUGCUGCUCCUCAGCUUGGCCGACCUUUAAGGAUAAUUACUUUGGAAAUAACGAAACGCCAUUUAAGUUACUUACAAGCACAGUACCGUAAUGUAGUUCAACGUGACACGGUUCCUUUACAAGUAUUAAUUAAUCCCCAGCUAAAAGUUUUGGAUAAUCACAAAGUUGCAGAAUAUGAGAGUUGUUCCAGCAUUCACAAUUGUAUGGCAAAAGUGCCACGUUAUACUACUGUUGAAGUAAGCGCUUUAGAUCGCCAUGGAAAUCGAAUAAAUUAUAUAGCUGAUGGUUGGCUAUCUAGAAUACUACAACAUGAAGUCGAUCAUUUAGAUGGAUUAUUAUAUGUUGAUAAGAUGCUAAGUAAAACAUUUGCUAAAGUAUGA